GACACGCCUCCUGUCAAAACGUCACAUCCAAACAUGGCAGCUUACUUGAGUCGGUUACACCACAUUUCACUCCACGUUUCCAACGCGGAGAAAGCUGCAAACGACCUCGUUUCUAAAUUCAAGUUCAAUGUGUUCGCGACCCGACUAACCCGCAGCUCCAGGCAGCUGGCUCUCAAAAAAGGAGCGGCGGUUUUUGUGGUGAACGAGCGACCAAACCAGAGAUUGAAUGAACAACCAGUGGGCGGUACAGGCGCGUAUACCGGUGAUCUGCACCGGGUCAACGUGGGGAAAUACAGCCAGGAUCAUCCUGCAAAAUGUCUGUACGAUGUCAGCCCGCAUUACUCUUUGGAUACUGUAAGCAACGUGUGUUUCGAGGUGGAGGAUGUGGAAAGGUCAUUCAGGGAUCUUCGCCAUCUGGGAUGCAAUUUCCUGGUGCCUCCCACUACAGUUGAGGACGAGAGGGGUGUUGUCACUUACUCUGUGGUUAAAUCUAUUGUGGGGAAUGUGUGCCACACGCUGAUUGACAGGACAAAAUACGAGGGGAGCUUCUUGCCCGGGUUUGAUGUCAUUGAAAAGGACUUCAGCUUGGAAGAAGACAAUAUUUCUUGUCCAAUCACUCAUUUUGAUCACAUAACUUACGCCUGUCCCAGGAAAAGCACCCACCAGGUCAUGAGGUGGUAUGAGAUGCUCUUUGGUUUUCAGAGGUUUUUCAUUGAUAGUAAUGAAGACGUGGACGAAGGUUUUGUCAUAAACCAGGGGGGCAUUGGUCUACGUCUUACCGCCAUGGAGUACUGGAAAUGCAGCGAAGCGGGCAUCGCUCUCCCCUUUGUGGACAAAAAAGAGCCUGACUGCAAGUUUGUCAUUGCAGAAUCACUGCCUGAACAAGGCAGGAAUCAGGUUGACACGUUCUUGGAGAAGCACAGGGGCCCUGGGAUCCAGCACAUUGGGCUGUACACAAAAAACAUAGUGUCUACUGCACAUACGAUGGCUGAAGCUGGUGUCCAGUUUUUCUCCCCUCCUCUUGCCUACUACACUGAGGUGGGAAAACGGCAGGAGAUAGAGGAGGCGGGACACAACCCCCAGAUGCUGGCGCAGCAUGGCAUUCUCCUGGACACAGACCUGCACCAGGAUCCCUCAUCACAGACAGCAUCCAGAGAAAACAGACGAUACCUACUCCAGGUAUUCACCAAGCCCAUCUUUACAGAGGACACCUUCUUCCUCGAGCUGAUAGAGCGAAGGGGGGCGACGGGAUUUGGAGAGGGGAACAUCCGGGCACUGUGGAGGUCGGUGCAGGCGCACAUGGAGAACGAGAGGGGGUAUUCUCGAGGAGAGGGAUCCCGAAAAACUGUACAAACUGCACAGUAUUAGUCACUCCAAACAUUUUUAGCUGAGGUUAUUUUAUUUUAUGUGUUUCAUUUACCAAUGCAAAUGAACUUAUUAGGGGGAAAAGGUGUAAAAUGUAAAAAAAAAAUGUAAUUUAAAAUGUAUUUAUGGAAGAGUUUUUCAUAGGUGCCCUCUAUUUCAGUCGAGUUACAUAUUGCACUGCUAACAAAGUACAGAUUAUAUAUUGUAUUAAUAUCUAAUUCCCAACGUGACUGAACAGAUAAUAGACUGUGAACAGAGUGGUUAAAAAAACAGAUGGUACAUACAACACUUGAAAUGUUACUGCAACACAUACACUUGCUGUAAAAGAAUGUCUUUUCACUGUGUCACAGCAAAGCAUCUGACUGACUCCAGAGCAACUGUUCCUUAAUAAAUCUAUUACUC